CGGCCGGCGGAGGAGGAGAAGAAGAAGGGGGAAAAGAUGGUCGUUCCUCAGGCGGUGGGCCGGAUGGGAAGCGGUCAUCUGCUCUGGAUUUAGCUCACUUUGAACAUGAACGAGGAAUCUUUAACCCGUUAUUGGGGCCAGGCCUUCUAGUGGAAUCUUCCAGGUCCUUUACAGCCAUGCUGGCACCUCUCCUGCCUUGAAGAUCUCUCUUUGUAUUUGUACAAAGUUUGUGCAGCGAUGAAUUCAGGCUUGUGGAGUCAAGAGAAAGGCAGCUCACCUUAUUGGGAAGAGCGUAUAUUUUUUCUGCUUCUCCAAGAAUGCAGCGUCAUAGACAAACAAACUCAGAAGUUGUUGAAGGUUCCUAAGGGGAGCAUUGGUCAGUUCGUUCAAGAUCGUUCUACCGGAGGACAUACCAGAAGUAUCCCUAAAAGCAAAAAAGUGCAAAUGGGAAUCAAGAUUUUGGAGCAGCCUCACGCCGUCCUGUUUGUGGACGAGAAAGAAGUUGUAGAAAUAAACGAGAAAUUAGCGGAACUGCUCUUGGCAAUCACCAAUUGUGAGGAAAGAUACAGUAUAUUUAAGAACAAAGACAGACUGGCUAAAGGCCUGCACAUAGAGGUUGGGUCGCCGGUGAGAGUGCAGCUGAGAUCGGGAGACGAAAAAUAUCCUGGAGUUGUGCGCUUUAGAGGACCUUUGUUACAAGAAAGAUCACUGUCUGGGAUUUUUUUCGGAGUAGAGCUUCUGGAAGAAGGUCGCGGUCAGGGCUUUACUGAUGGACAGUACCAAGGCAAACAGCUGUUCAGAUGUGACGAGGACUGUGGCGUUUUUGUUGCACUUGACAAACUGGAGCUGGCGGAGGACGAUGAGAAUGAACUGGAGAAUGACUAUGCAGCUCCAGUUGACUCAAUGCAGGUAGAACUUCCUCCUUUGGAGCUCAACUCCAGGGUUUCUGUGAAGAUAGGAAAGAAUAUAGAGUAUGGGACAGUUAUAUUCUGUGAUGUCUUACCAGGAAACGAGAGUUUAGGAUACGUUGUUGGAGUGGACAUGGACAAUCCAAUUGGAAACUGGGAUGGAAGAUACAGUGGACAGCAGCUCUGCAGUUUUGCGAGUGUCGAAAGCACACUUCUCCUGCAUAUCAAUGAUGUUAUCCCAGGUACGCUUUGUGCACUCUCUGACCCCGUAAGCCGAAACAGAUCAGAAUUUUUCUAUGCCUUAAACGGCUCUUCAGUGGAUUCCCAGCCGCAGACAAAAUCGAAAAACACGUGGUAUAUCGAUGAAGUUGCUGAAGACUCUGCAAAAUCCCUUAAUGACUCGUCUCCUGGGUUCGGACAUUCUUCGCCACCACUUCAGCCUCCCCCAGCGAACAGUUUAUCGGCCGAAAACCGAUUUCAUUCCCUGCCUUUCAGCCUGACAAAGAUGUCCAGCAGUAACAAUGCUAUUGGACACAGCCCUCUCUCUUUAUCUGUUCAGUCGGUUAUCGGAGAGGGGAGUGCCGGGAACCUCCAGGACAGUCCUCCGUCAACAGUGCAAACAGUGGCACCUGUCAACAUGCCUGUCAACAUGCAUGGGCUUGAAGCAGGUUCCUUGGCUGAAGUGAAAGAGAACCCUCCUUUCUAUGGAGUAAUCCGGUGGAUUGGACAGCCUCCAGGAGUGAAUGAAGUGUUAGCAGGACUAGAACUGGAAGAAGAAUGUGCAGGCUGUACAGAUGGUACAUUUAAAGGGACUCGAUAUUUUACGUGCGCACCCAAGAAGGCGCUCUUCGUUAAGCUGAAGAGCUGUAGGCCGGACUCCAGAUUCGCUGCAUUGCAGCCUGUAUCCAACCAGAUUGAACGCUGUAACUCCUUAGCUUUCGGUGGCUAUCUAAGUGAGGUGGUUGAAGAAAACACUCCUCCAAAAAUGGAAAAAGAAGGCUUGGAAACGAUGAUCGGGAAGAAGAAAGGAAUCCAGGGUCAUUACAACUCCUGCUAUUUAGACUCCACUUUAUUCUGCCUCUUUGCGUUUAGCUCAGUUUUGGAUACUGUUUUGCUUAGACCAAAAGAGAAAAAUGACGUAGAAUAUUACAGUGAAACUCAAGAGCUUCUGCGGACAGAGAUCGUGAAUCCUCUCAGAAUAUACGGAUACGUGUGUGCGACAAAAAUAAUGAAGUUGAGGAAAAUCUUAGAAAAAGUCGAAGCAGCUUCUGGAUUCACUUCUGAAGAGAAAGAUCCUGAAGAAUUUUUGAAUAUCUUGUUUCAUCAUAUUUUGAGAGUCGAGCCAUUGUUAAAGAUAAGAUCAGCAGGUCAAAAGGUACAAGACUGUUACUUCUAUCAGAUUUUUAUGGAUAAGAAUGAGAAGGUUGGCGUUCCUACCAUUCAGCAGUUACUGGAAUGGUCCUUCAUCAACAGCAAUUUGAAAUUUGCAGAGGCCCCCUCGUGUCUGAUCAUUCAGAUGCCUCGGUUCGGAAAAGACUUCAAAAUGUUCAACAAAAUUUUCCCUUCUCUGGAGCUGAAUAUCACAGACCUGUUGGAAGACACUCCCAGGCAGUGCCGUAUAUGCGGAGGGCUGGCAAUGUAUGAAUGCAGAGAAUGCUACGAUGAUACAGACAUCUCCGCUGGCAAAAUCAAGCAGUUUUGCAAAACUUGCAAUACACAAGUUCACCUUCAUCCCAAAAGGCAGAGUCAUAAAUUCAACCCGGUGUCUCUUCCGAAAGACCUUCCCGACUGGGACUGGAGACACGGCUGCAUACCUUGCCAGAAGAUGGAGUUGUUUGCCGUUCUGUGUAUAGAGACGAGCCACUAUGUGGCUUUCGUUAAGUACGGCAAGGGCGACUCGGCCUGGCUCUUCUUUGACAGCAUGGCGGAUCGGGAUGGAGGCCAAAAUGGCUUCAACAUUCCUCAAGUGACUCCGUGCCCAGAAGUUGGGGAGUAUUUGAAAAUGUCCCUAGAGGAACUGCAUUCCCUGGACUCCCGGAGGAUCCAAGGCUGUGCGCGAAGGCUCCUCUGUGACGCUUACAUGUGCAUGUACCAGAGCCCAACCAUGAGCUUGUACAAGUAAAAACUUGUCGCCUGGCAAAGGAGGAUUGGGGUGGGGGCGCUUCUCAGUGACCCCCGGCCCCAACACAAGAAGGCUCCGCGGCGCCAUCGGCUCAAUCGCUCGCGCAUCUGUUGCGGACAACGGACUCUUCACGGGGGUGGAAGCAAAAACGUCUAAAACGAAAGAAGUGAAUAUUACAAAGACAGAUGAGGAAUA